UCUGCCCGUUUUAUUAAGCAGAUAUAUUACGCAAAUAAUUGAGUUUGGGAGCCGGUCCGCGCCUACGCUUCAAAAAUCGCGGGGGCGAUCGGAGGCUUCGGCGCGUGCUCAAACGCGCAAGCGCACCGUGCUAUACACACGCGUCAUUUAAAAAAUAAAAACCGAAAAAAAAACGAACGAACGUGUGAACCUUUCUUUAAAGUGCCAGUUAAAAAGUGCGCGUGAUUUGACAGUUCAAAUUUCGAACUCGAAUGAACUAGUGCUGGAGUCGGCGAUAGUUAUCGAUGUUUUAGUUUAUGAAUGGAGUGUAGGAAGUGACGUCAUGAAUAGUGUUGUGACUGUGUGGAUGACAAUGAGCGAUCAUUAGAGCGGAAAGAAUGUGGUUAAUGGUGGGUGUGGCGCUAUUGGUAGCGGGCGCGGGCGCGGAGUGGCGCUGCCCCGGACUGAGCGCGCGGCCAGCCGCUGAAUGCUCCUGCGAUCUGCCUCACACGUUGCGAUGCGCUGGCGAUCAUACUGCACUACAGAUAAUCGGCCGCCAUCUUCGAGAACAACGUGCUAAGAACAAGAAUACCACGGUGUCACUCCUCGACUGUGCGCUGCGUGGCGUAUCAGCGUUAACUGCUGCAUCAGUCACUGAACUUGCUGGCGUUGGACUGCACGGUCUUGUUAUAUCCUCCGGGGAUAUAAGGAGGGUGCAGGCGGGGGCCUUUAAUAUGGUCGCUGGGACCUUACUAGCCUUAGGUUUACCAAAUAAUCAGUUGCCGUCAGUGCCCACGGAGGCCAUAGCUCAUUUGUCAAUAUUGGAUCGACUGGAUUUGUCUAAUAAUAAGAUACAUGUUUUGGAUCGGACCUCUUUCAAGGGUAUACAGAACUUGACAUACCUGGAUCUAAGUGAUAACCAGCUGACGGACAUCACGCCAGGUGCUUUCAGGCCUUUGGAAAGGCUGGCAGUACUUAAGCUUCGAGGGAACCUCUUAAAGGUGGCAGCACUGGCGUCACUAAAGGAAGCGCACUUUCUACGAGACUUGGACUUAUCAAGCAAUGCCUUAGAAGGUCCGCUGGGCCCAAACACGGUCCCACCGCUGCCGUGUCUGACCAACCUCCAGCUUUCCGACAACACGUUUGCAAGCAUACGACGAGGAGCGUUAUCAGGCCUCACCAAUCUGACGCAUCUGAGUCUACACAACAAUCAAAUCGAUGUUCUAGAAGAUUACGCGUUCCGGCAUCUUCUGAAUUUGACACAUUUGGAUCUGUCUCAUAACGAAAUCGUUGCAGUAUCAGGAUCAUCACUAGCUCAGCUAGUAAACCUGGUUCACCUGGACCUCUCCCACAACUUCCUGCGGUCGCUGUCAGCAGAGCCGCUGAAGGGUCUGCAGCGGCUGUCGGAGCUGAUGCUGCAUGACAAUGAUAUCUCCAUCAUCGACGAUGGCGCGCUGGCGCAGCACCCACAGCUCGCUAGGCUCACUAUCGAAGAUAAUCCACUGAACUGCGAUUGUCUAAUGGCCGGUUACGCCCGUUGGUUACGCGAGGCGAAAAAUCUUUCCCAAGCUGACAAAAGCGCGGCCGUAUGCACCACUCCGCCGCAUUUAGAAGGCGCGCUCAUAUCCCGACUGUCUAAGAACAAGUUGUGUGACGACUUCGAACAUGUUGAGAAGAUCGAAGUGGAUUAUAAGAUUGUGAAUAGUGUUGAUGAUAAAGAUGAGUAUGGAGAUAAGGGGCUGGAUGAUGAUAUGUAUGAUGAUGAAAUGGGCGUGCCGGCGGAGGAAGAUUUAGCGAUUUCAACGGCUAAGGUCUCUCUCCUCGACGCCUGGUUCGAUGACGCAGAGGUCUACCUCUCCUGGUCCGUAGACCCGCCGUCGACUCACCGGUUCAGGUGUACCGGGGUCACAGUGGCGAGAGGAGGAGGUCUACCGAAGCAGGUCGCGUGCCACAGAGCCGCGCCUGCUAAUGUCGUGUUGCGGGGACUGAAGAUUGACCCUGUGGAUCAGUAUACGUUCUGCAUAGCUCUAGAAGAAAUGGACAACAAUGACGCCCCCCUGUCUCUCGUUCUCGGCUGCGGAGCUCCACAGGUGGUCCGAGAACGGGCCCCCUUUGUCACCCCUGUACCAGUGCCUGUCACGCUUCCUGUCACCAGGGAUAACUUGAGGGUAACCGAAGUUCGCUCCAAUGUUACCAGCGACGGACUCCUCACAGUCGUCAUAUCAAUGAUGGGCCUGCCUACUCCUCGCCCGUUCACCCUCCCACGCUCACAGAGACUCUCCUCAACCACAAGACUCCACAACUGCUACGUAGUCUUAGCUGUACUCUCCAGAGGUUCCUUAGUAGCUCAGAAAGACACUCCUUGCCAGCCAACUCUAGAAAUUUCCAUGGAAGGAUUCUUGAGAGGACCUUAUGAGGUGUUCACGAGAUGUCAACUUACGAGGGAGCUGCUUAAGAUUAACUUUCAGAGGACUUUUCUUAGUAAUUGGGUGUGUCUGAUAGAGCAGGAGAGCGAUAGAAACACAGCUGCGUUAGUGACUAAGUCUGCGCGAAGAAAGUAUUAUGGAUUAUUCCAAAUUGGCAGUGAGUGGUGCAAAGAAGGAAAGAAAGGCGGCAAAUGCGACAUCACUUGCGAGGCUUUACUAGACGAUGACAUUAAAGACGAUAGCGCCUGCGCGCUGAAAGUAUUCGAGCAAGAAGGAUUCAAGUACUGGUCUAAAUGGGAAGCUCGGUGCAAGGGUCACGUUCUACCUGAUAUUGAGAAGUAA